UCCUCAGAAACCAGAAUAGUCAAGAACAGCCGGCUUCUCUUUUGAAGCAAAAGUCGUGAGAACAUUGAUCCUGUUUCGGCUUCUGUCUCUGUUCUUGUUCGCAAGUCUCCAGUUUCGGGUUUCCUGAAUCUCAAUCCCAGAUUUAUGGAUGUCAAAUGCAAAACUGGUUCCUCGGAUUCACCCAUCUUGUUCAAAGCUGCCGUCUUCCCUGCAAUCCCGGUCAAAUCUCAGCCGUCCGAUCGAUUGACUCCCUGGAGUUGUCUUCUUAAAUAGCACCUAAUCCAAAAUCAAAGCCUCCUGAUUUCAUUAUAUUCAAGUGUCGGUGGGUCAGUGUAAGUUACAGACUCAUUUUGCUAGCAAAGUGACUUGCACUUGACUGCUUUUUCCUUGAUGUUUAUAAAAGAAGAUGUCACAGCAGCAGGCUAAGUCUUGUGGUUGGGCUGCCUUUGACCAAAAACAGCGUCAGAAAAGAGGCCUUGAGCCUAAAAUUGACAGGGACCCUUUCCCACCUAUAGCGCCCACUAUCAGGUCUGUGCAUUCUUGUGAAAAUUUACUGAGGAAUAAUGAGGUUCGGAGCAAACCUUUCUCAUCUGUACUCCUUCCUUCUGUCGAUGUUGCAUCUUUGGCAGAGAAUGGGGAUGAUAAGAGAUCCUUAUUAGUGGGAAAUUCUAGUAGGAAGCAUGCUUCCAUGGAAGAUCAGAGAUUUUCCAUAAAGAAGAUCAAGGAUCUUUACUCUUGGGCCGAUGAUAGUUUGGUGGAGGAUAUUAUGGCUUCCGUGGAUAAUGAUAUUACCAAGGCCUCAAAUUUAUUAAAAACAAUGGUCUCCCCGACCAGCUCUGUUGAGAUUAGAAAAAUCAACAUUUCAAGUUCCAGCUCAGAUGUCUCGUUGAGUGGUAAAACAAUGGAUAGAAGUUUUUCUUCAGAAUGUGCUGCUGAUAUUGCUGAACUCAAUGCUGCUAUUGAGAAAGGUCUCAAAAUGAAUAACAUAGAACACGGACCAAGGGUUUCUAAUGAUGCUGGAAAUGUGAAUCAGACUACCGGCAGUUUGAAGUCUGUACCCAUUGAACCCGAGUGGGAAGAGGAUGAUGUUUACUUGAGGAUACGUAAAGAUGCAUUAAGGAUGAUGAGGUCAGCAUCUCACCAUUCAAAAGCUGCCACUAAUGCCUUUGCAAGAGGUGACCAUUAUUCUGCUCAACAAUACUCGAUCAAGGCUAAAGAGGAAUGGUUAGCUGCUGAACGCCUGAAUAACAGGGCAGCCAAGGAAAUUUUAAGUAUCAGGAAUAACAAAAAUGAUAUUUGGAAACUAGAUUUACAUGGUCUUCAUGCGUCAGAAGCAAUUUGUACCUUGCAAGAACAACUGAAGAAAAUUGAACAUAAUAUACUUUCUAAUCAUUCAGCGUCGCCAAACAGAGUUAAUAUAGAAGGCAACAUUAGACGUUCAUCAGUUGAAUCUUUAAGUUGCAUGGACACAGAAAAUUUGGAUAAACUACAGACAUCAUCAAGACAAAGACCAGCAACAUCCUUACAAGUAAUCACAGGUGUAGGCAAUCAUAGCCGAGGACAGGCUGCACUUCCAAUAGCUGUGAGAAGUUUCCUUAGUGAGAACGGAUAUCGAUUCGAAGAGUUGAGGCCAGGUGUGAUCACUGUUCGGCCCAAGUUCCGUCAUAGGUAACUCAUGAAGUUAUUAAUUCAAUGCAACUUUAGACGGAUCAAUUUAUGCCCAACAUCAAUUUCACACUCCUAUUGAUAUGAGGAGUAUAGAUUUCCAUCCAAAUCGCUCUAUGAUAAAAAUAAUAGACAAAUCCUUUGUAUCAGUAGCAAGUCCUGUACUAUUGUAUUCAUUUUUCCCAAUGUAAUAGUGUCUUCAUUUCCUGGAUCGAUACAUAUGUAUAUGUUAUUAUAAUUUUGUUUGAAAAACCAGGAUCCAUAUAUAUUUGUAAAAGAACAAACCAUAAUGUUCAAUACGUUUCCACU